CUCGUCGUACUAGAUUAUCUGUUUUAGCAUUUUGGGUGCGAGGAAUGAAGAUGAGCGAGAAAGAUGUGAAUUCCUCUUCGUCUUUUCCUGAAGUUAGUGUCCUUUUCUUAAAACAUAAAAUAAUAAUAUAAACGAAUUUUGGAAAUUUCUUUGUAAAAAAAAAAAAAAAGAUCAUCACUCUAUGAGUGUCAAACACUUCGUCGUCUCUCUUUCAUCACCACUCUCCUUUGAGAGCUUCCAUGGGUGCGAAUGCGAUCACAUGCAGCUCCAGUUUCCUCCACUGCACAAAGCUCAACACUCUCUUCUCCAACAACGAUUUUCCUAAAACUUCCACUCCCAAUUUCAAGCGCAUCUUCCGGCCAAUUUCGAUUUCCGCAAAGGACAGAAGAAGCAGCGAAGCAGAAAACGUCGCCGUAGUGGAGAAGCCUCUUAAAUCAGAGAGAUUCUUAGUUUCCGAUGGACUUCCUUCACCAUUCGGCGCCACCGUCAGAGCCGACGGCGGCGUUAAUUUCUCUGUUUACUCUGCAAACUCCGUUUCCGCCACCGUCUGCUUGAUUUCUCUCUCCGAUCUCCGUCAGAACAAAGUGACGGAGGAGAUACAGCUCGAUCCAUCAAGAAAUAGAACUGGCCAUGUAUGGCAUGUGUUCUUGAAAGGGAGUUUCAAAGAUAUGUUUUAUGGUUACAGAUUUGAUGGCAAGUUCUCUCCUGAAGAUGGUCACUAUUAUGACUCUUCCAACAUUUUAUUGGAUCCUUACGCUAAGGCAAUUAUAAGCAGAGAUGAGUUUGGAGUUUUGGGACCUGAUGAAAAUUGCUGGCCUCAAAUGGCGUGUAUGGUGCCAACUCUUGAUGAAGAGUUUGAUUGGGAAGGGGAUAUGCAUCUGAAGCUACCACAGAAGGAUCUUGUUAUAUAUGAAAUGCAUGUGCGAGGUUUCACAAGGCAUGAAUCUAGCAAUAUUGAAUUUCCUGGCACAUACCAGGGUGUUGCAGAGAAGCUUGACCAUUUGAAGGAGCUUGGAAUAAAUUGCAUAGAAUUAAUGCCAUGUCACGAGUUUAAUGAGCUAGAGUAUUACAGCUACAAUACGAUAUUGGGAGACCAUAGGGUAAAUUUUUGGGGUUACUCUACUAUGGGAUUCUUCUCGCCCAUGAUUAGAUAUUCAUCGCCAAGCUCGCGCAACUUUGCUGGAAGAGCCAUAAAUGAGUUCAAAAUUCUUGUUAAAGAGGCACAUAAACGAGGAAUUGAGGUAAUUAUGGAUGUCGUUUUGAACCACACAGCUGAAGGCAAUGAGAAAGGACCCAUUUUCUCAUUUAGAGGAGUUGAUAACAGUGUCUAUUAUAUGCUUGCACCGAAGGGCGAGUUCUAUAAUUAUUCAGGCUGUGGCAAUACAUUCAACUGCAAUCACCCUGUGGUGCGUCAAUUCAUAGUAGAUUGCCUGAGAUAUUGGGUAACAGAAAUGCAUGUCGACGGCUUCCGCUUUGAUCUUGGUUCAAUUAUGUCAAGGAGCAGCAGUCUUUGGGAUGCAGCCAAUGUUUAUGGGGCUGAUGUAGAAGGUGACUUUCUGACAACUGGUACCCCUGUUAGCUGCCCUCCCGUAAUUGACAUGAUAAGUAAUGAUCCAAUACUCCGUGGUGUUAAGGUGAUCAACUAGCUCCCUUGAUAAUUC